UCAGAAGGAGGAAUAUUUCAGGAAGAGAAUCAGUGAGCAGCAUCAAGCCAGCAGAAUCAUCUCACACAUCAGAAGAGCAAGAAGCCUCCACAUCAUGUGCCACAUCCCCGUCUUCUGCUGGAUCUCAUCCACUGUGCUUGAGAAGCUCCUGGAAGAAGAUCUGAGUGCAGAAAUCCCUCAAACUCUGACUGAGAUGUAGAUCCACUUCCUGCUCAUUCAGAUCAACAUGAGGAAGCAGAAGUAUGAAGAGAGAGAUCCAGAGAAACUCCUGCAGUCCAACAGAGAAGUGAUUGUGAAACUUGCUGAAGUGGCUUUCAAACAGCUGAUGAAGGGCAAUGUGAUGUUCUACGAGGAGGACCUGAUUGAGAGUGGCAUAGACCUCACUGACGCCUCAGUGUAUUCUGGGAUUUGCACUGAGAUCUUUAAGGAGGAAUCUGUGAUUCAUCAGAGGAAAGUCUACAGCUUCAUCCAUCUGAGUGUUCAGGAGUUUCUCGCUGCUUUCCAUGUGUUCUACUCAAAUGUGGUCAAAUACAAGGAGUCAUUGCACGUUUUGUUUAGUAAAACACCUACGGGUAAACAGCCUAAUGAAUACAAUCUGUGUGAGCUGUUAAGAGCAGCCAUAGAUGAAGCCUUAAAGAGUAGCAGUGGCCACCUGGAUCUGUUCCUGCGGUUCCUGCUGGGCGUCUCACUGGAGUCCAAUCAGAGACUCUUACAGGAUCUACUGACACACACAGAGAACAGCUCAGAGAGCAUCAGGAGAACUAUUGCUUAUAUUAAAGACAAAAUUAAAGACAUGAGAACUGCUCCAUACAAUCUGUCCACUGGAAAAUCCAUUAAUCAGUUCCUCUGUCUGCUGGAAGUGAAAGAUCAGACUCUGUCCAGAGAGAUUCAGGAGUUUGUGAAAUCAGGCAAACACUCAAAAACUGAUGUCUCUGCUGCUCACUGCUCAACAAUCACCUACAUGCUUCAGAUGUCAGAGGAGCCACUGGAUGAGCUGGACCUCAAGAAAUACAACACAUCAGAUGAGGGGAGAAGAAGACUGAUACCAGCUGUGAUCAACUGCAGAAAAGCUCUACUUGCUGACUGUAAUCUCACUGCUCAGUCCUGUGAAAUUGUGUCAUCGGCUCUACAAUCCUCAAACUCUGUCCUGACAGAGCUGGAUCUGAGUAACAAUAACCUGCAGGACUCUGGUGUGGAGCUUCUUUUUGAAGGACUGAGGAGUCUGAACUCUCAGUUGGAGAUACUGAGGUGA